AUGAAAAAUUCCUUAACUAAAUUUUAUACUUUAAACUCCUUUUCUUAAGAUAAAACUUAUACUUUUGUUAAAUAGCGAAAGGAGUAAUUAUAAGAAGAAAUUGUUAAAAUCAAUGAAGAAACAGAAUUUGAAGUAAUGAUAUUUAUGAAUUAAUAAGGAAUUUGCUGAAUUUAAGUUAUUAAAUUAAGAUGAAACCAUUAUCUCUAUUAAAUAUACUGUUGAUUAAUUUUAUGAUCCUUUUUAAUAAUAGGAAAUAAAAGUAGAGCAUUAUGUUCAAGAAUUGAUUUACAAUAUAAGAAGAAAAUAUCCUUGGAUAACUGUAUUGGAAAAACGAAUAUCUUAAUCUGCUGAAUUAUUGUGCUAAAUUUAACUUUACAAUUAAAAACAUAAGAUUGUAUUAUUUAAUAAACCAUUUACAAAUACUUAACAUAUUUUAGAAUUAUUGAAACUCUAUAUAGAGAGAGGGACAAUUAACAUUAAAUUUAUAUGUCAUAAUUAAGAUGUAAUUGCAUUGGGUGGUUAAUUAAAUAAUUUAUUUGAAGAUGCUUUUAUUACAAUCUCUUAGAAAGAUAAAUUGUAAAUAAAUGAUAAAUCACAUAUACCUGCUAAAUUGAUUACUAUAAAUAAAAAGAUUACAUCAAAUUUUAUAAAUUUUAAAGAUCUACCUUUAAAUAAUGAUUUUAUUGUUGAUGUUUAAGGAAAGCAUUUUAAAUAUGUUCAUUAAGAUGUAAAUUUCAAUGAAAAUGUUAUAGAAUUGGAAAGAAAUGAUAUCAUAUAGGCCAAAUAUAAAUUGAUUCAUCAAGGUAAAUUGAUAGAGGCAGAUAAAUUCUUAGUAAAUGGUAUGACUAUAAAUUAUAAUGGUGAAUAUAGAUUUUGGACAAAACCAUAAAUGGAAUAUAUUGUAAGUAUUGAGAAAUUAGAUUUCUAUCCUAAAUAACACAUCUUAAUAACAAAAGGAUUUGGAGAAUAUAAAUAAGAAAUUGAAAUGAUUAAAAUAUAAAAAACUAUUUUGAAAAUAACUAGUAAGAAUAUUAUAGAUUAAUCAAUUCUUGAUAAUGUUGAUAUUAGUAUUGAUGGCAAGAUAAUUGGAUAAACUAAUAAAAAUGGUACAAUAGUAAUUUAGAAUCUUGAAUUAAGGAGUAUAGUAAUAAAAGCAGCAAAGAAGGGAUUUCUAACUAUGCCAUUAUAAUUUGAUAUAUCUGCAAAUAAUAUAGGUUAAAGUCUAUUAAUUGAAAUGUUUCCAGAUUAUUUUAGUUUAAUGAAUUAAUUCCAUAUUUUAGUAGUCAAACCAAAGAGUGCAAAGAAAUUAUCACUUUAAUUAGUUGAUUUAGAUGAGUAAAAUAAAAGUAAUAUCCAAUAAAAGAUAGUACCAUAUAGUAAUGGUACUAUUGUAAAUUAUGGAAUACAUAUUAGUAAUUUUGAUGCAUUUGAUAAACAAAAAAAUAUUUAUCAAUUAUUCAUUAAGGAUUCAAAAGAAAUAUUACCAAGAUGUAGAUAAACUAGUACAAACAUAAAUAAGAAAUCUUAACAUAUUAAUGUAUCUCCAAAUAAUUAAAUGAAAACAAGAAUAAUAAAUUAAAAUUCAGAUUUAAAGACAGAGAGAGGUUUGAAUUAAAAUAAGAAAGUUACUCCGAAUUUAGAAGUUGAACAUUUGCAUAUUUAUUUAUCUUUUGGAAUGGAUAUAGUAUGUUAGCAAAUAUUUGAAGUUGAAAAAUUCACCUCAAAAGUUUAUGCUACUAUUAAUUGUAAGAUAGAUUGAAUUAUAUUAUUAGUAUAAAGAAGAAUUGUUGAAUUAGAUGGUAAAGCUUAUAGCUGCAGAUAAUAAAAGUCUCAAUCAAAAACUAAUAAAAGACGUGAAACUGGUAAUAUUCUAUAACUAUUAACAAAUCAAAUAUGAUUACUAUGAUAUAUUCUAUAUAUAUAAUAAAUCUAUUAAAAUUUAUUUUAAAGUUUUUGAAGAAAUAUGGAAACUCUAAAUUGUUUAAGUUAUACAAAUAAUGAGUUUUUUAUACAAAUAAUUAUAAAUAAAUUAAGAAAUCGACAUGAAUAAUUCUAAAAUAAAUGAUGAUACAAAUUAUUGUUGUUUUGCCAAUGGAAGAAGAAAUUCAGAUUCAUUUUUUGCAAAUCAUGUUAUAGAUGAUGAUGUAAAAUACUAAUUUAUUUAGGGUGAUGUAUUAAGAACUACUGGAGUGCUAUUAUAAUUAUAUAAAGGUGGUUAGGAUAUAGAAGUUAUUGUAAAGAAUUUAGAGAAGGUGAGAUUAAAUCCAAAUUGGUUGAGUUAAAAAAGAGAGGACUUAGAAUAUUAUAUACCAUAGUUUAUCAAUUACUUAGUAUUUAGAGCGAAUCAUAAUGAAUUAAUAAAUUUCUUAUUUGAUGUUUGUUAAAAUAACUUUUUCUUUGCACAUUUGACUUACUUUUAAUUAAAAUCCUAAACAUAAAUAGUGAAUAAAAAAGUCAUAAAUUUAAAAGAUGUUUAGAAGUUUUUGAUUGAUUAUACAAAUAUAAUGAAAGAAAAAUAUGGUAAUGAAUAUUUAAUCAAUGGAUAAUAAUUUGUUUCUCAUAAUUCUAAUAAAGAAUCAAUUUAAAUUUAUGGGACUCCUGGCUAUGAUUAAUAAAUAUCCAAAGUUAAUGCUUCAGAAAUUAAUAUAAGAUAAUAUUUAUCUGUAAAUAAAGAUAAUUAAAAUAAUGAAUAAAAUAAUGGAUUCUCUUCUACUAUUAAUUUCUGGGAUGACAUAAUUCGAAUAUCUGAAAGGUAUAUUAAAUAAUUAAUUAGACUCUAUCUAGCUUAUCCAUAAAUAAUAUCUUUAAAGGCAGAUCUACAGAGAAUUAAUUAAAAUCUUCCAUCUUCUGUAUACAUACCUUUUGUUAAGGAUCAAAUUAGAAAUUAUGUAGUCUUAAAUAUAGUAGCAUCAGAAACCAAAGUAUUUUCUACCAAAGAAAGAUCACCUUUCUAUAUUUGUCUAGAAAUCUAUAGACCAGAUGUUGAAAAGGAUCAAAGAAAUGACUAUAAAUAAUCUGAAGCGAUCACUUUACAAAAAUCUAUCUUACAAUAGAAAAUGUCAAUAAAUGGAUCUGUUUGUCUAGAUUAAGGCAAAUGUAUUAUUCUUAGAUAAUAUGUAAGAUCCAAAUGUGCAUAAGAUCUCAGUACAAUAACCACUAUAAAUUAUUGAUGAGGAUAUUAUAGAUGAAACACCAACAGUAUAAUUUUAUUCCCCUGAAAAUGAUGAGGAAGUAGAAGAAAAGAGCGUUUACUAAUCAUUUUCAAAAGAGAAUAAUGAAGAUUUUGUAAGUGUUGGAAGUUCAUUUGUAUAGGAAAAUUAACGAAAAAGUAUGUUACUUGGACAAGAUGGCCAAAGUUUAUUCGGAGAGUCAGCUAAAGACCAAGAGUAAAGAAUUAAGGAAUAAUCUCUAUUUGGUAAUUUUAAAUCCUGGCGAUUGGUUCAUCUUAUUGUGAAAUCAGGGGAUAAUUUAAAAUAGGAGUAGUUUGCUAUGCAGCUCUUAUCUACUAUAGAUUAAAUCUUUAUUAUUGAAGAUCUACCUAUGAGAUUAUCAAUUUAUGAAGUAAUAUCCUUGGGACCUAAUUAUGGAUUAAUUGAAAUGGUGAAAGAUGCUAUUACAAUUGAUUCAUUAAAACGAUAAUUAUGGAACAGACAAUAAACAUUAAGCUAAUUCUUCGAGUAAUCAGUAUAUCUGUUCAAUUAUUAGUCAUAACUUUAGUGAUCGUCAUCGAACCAAUUUCAUGCAUAGCUUAGUUGGAUAUUCUUUAGCCUGUUACAUCCUUUAACUUAAAGAUAGACAUAAUGGAAAUAUUUUAUUAAAAAGAGAUGGCCAUUUAGUUCAUAUAGAUUUUGGAUUUUUCUUGGGAAAUGCUCCAGGGAAGGGAAUAGAAAUUGAAAAUAAAGUUGCAUUUAAAUUAUUAAGUGAAUAUAUUGAAAUACUUGGUGGUGUUUCAAGUGAUUUAUUUAAAAAGUUUAGAGAAUUGUUUUAUAAAGGCUUUAUGGCACUUAGAAAACAUAGUGAUCGAAUCUUAUUACUUGUAAAAAUGAUGUAAUUAAUUAAAUAUAAAUCUAUAGGUAUUCUGGACAUAAGAACUCUAUGCCUUGUUUUAAAAGAGGAGAUAAAUCUAUUACUCAAUUAGAAGAAAGAUUUUAUUAAUAUGAAGAUGAUAAUCAAAAAUUAAAUGUUAUUUGUUAAAAGUAGAAUCACUCAUAUUAUAUUAUAGCAUCAUUAAUUCAUCCAUAGAUAAUUGGAGAGCAAAAUGGUAUGAUAAAUACCAAUAUUAUGUCCAAGGCAUUUUUUAUUGA